AUGAUAUCCCCCAAGUACUCGUUGACUCACUACUACCUUGGCACCAAGACCUUAUCCGUGGCAAAGCAUGCACCGCAUGUGGUGAACUUGUACUUGGAUUACAAUUGUCCGUUCAGUGCCAAAUUGUUUUUAAAGCUUUACGCCUCGGUGAUUCCAGAGUUACAAAAAAAGCAUCCCGAUCGCUUUCAGUUUGUCUUUGUUAACGUUAUCCAGCCCUGGCACACCAAUUCUACCUUGUUGAACGAGUUUGCGUUGGCCUACGCUAAGGUUUUGAGGGAAGAACAAAAGGGCGACGAACAGGAAUCGUUUUGGGAUGUCAGCAAGGUUUUGUUUGAGAAUAAGGAGGACUUUUACGAUACUUCAAACAUUGAGUUAACCAGGAACCAAAUCUACGAACAAAUCUACGACGUUGUUUCCAAACACUUGCAGUUGCAAGUUGCCAAGGACAAGCUCUUGUCCGAGCUCGUGAUCCAGCCCAGUAAGGAGGCUAGCAACUCGGGAAAUGGCGCAACUACUGACGUCAAGUACUUUACGCGGUACUUGAGAAAUACCGGUAUCCACAUCACUCCCACAAUUACAGUCGAUGGCAUAGUUGAGGAUUCUGUCUCGAGUGGAACCAGCGAAGAUGAAUUGGUUAGAAUCCUUGAAGCAAAAUUAUAA